AUGGUGAAGUUUGCAGGAUAUUCUUUGAUUACUUCAUUUACCCCAUUUGAUUCUGUUAUUCUAAAACAAAAUCGCAGAUUAUCAGUAAAUUUAUGUUACAAGAAUCAAAAUAAUUCAAGGCGCCUGUCUUCUUGUACUAAUAAAGAUAUACUACAUGCAAAAGCCGAGAUGGUUGCCAGGCGCUAUCUUCCUCCUUGGUUUAGUGUUGCUCCGAUGAUGGAGUGGACAGAUCAUCAUUAUCGGACUCUUGCCCGUCUCCUUUCAAAGCAUGCAUGGCUCUACACAGAGAUGCUUGCAGCUGAAACAAUUGUCUAUCAAAAGGGGAAUUUGGACAGAUUUUUGGCAUUUUCUCCAGAACAACAUCCUAUUGUCCUUCAAAUUGGUGGGAGUAAUUUGGAGAACAUAGCAAAAGCGACUGAACUUUCUAAUGCAUAUGGCUAUGAUGAGAUCAAUUUCAAUUGUGGGUGUCCUAGUCCAAGAGUAGCUGGGCAUGGAUGUUUUGGUGUUCGUCUUAUGCUUGAUCCAAAGUUUGUUGGUGAGGCUAUGUCAGUAAUUGCUGCCAAUACAAAUGUCCCUGUUAGUGUUAAAUGUCGAAUUGGUGUUGAUGAUCAUGAUUCAUAUAAUGAGCUAUGUGAUUUUAUCUAUAAGGUUUCUUCUUUAUCCCCGACAAGACAUUUCAUUAUACAUUCACGGAAGGCACUGCUCAAUGGUAUUAGCCCAGCUGAAAAUCGAACAAUUCCCCCCCUGAAAUACGAGUACUAUUAUGCGCUCUUGCGUGACUUUCCAGACUUGACAUUUACACUAAAUGGAGGCAUUAAUACAGUUGAUGAGGUAAAUGCUGCACGAAGUGAAGGUGCACAUUGUGUUAUGGUUGGACGUGCUGCAUUUAAUAACCCUUGGCACACUUUGGGACAUGUUGAUACUGCAAUUUAUGGUGCACCAAGCAGUGGUCUGACACGACGUCAGGUCCUUGAACAGUAUCAAGUCUAUGGGGAUUCUAUCCUUGGAACAUAUGGUAAUAAUAGACCCAAUGUCCGGGAUGUGAUGAAGCCGUUACUCAACCUUUUUCGGUCGGAGCCUGGAAAUGGUCUGUGGAAGCGAAAAGCUGAUGCGGCUUUUCUGAAGUGCACUACAGUCCAAUCCUUCCUUGCAGACACCAUCGUAGCAAUUCCGGACUCUGUCUUAGAUUCGCCUAUUGCAGAUGCACCAGCUGGUCGUAAAGAUCUUUUCACAGACAUUCACAAUCUGCUACCUGCUCCAUAUGCAGCAAGAGAAGAGGAGGUACUAUAUGCUUAGUUUCUAUAGGAUUCCAUACAAGGCAGGAAAACAAGUGGUAUUAAUGUAUUCAUUCCAAUUUUUGGAUAUGGGCCUGAUUGGUCAGUUGUAGCAAUAUUUAACAAUUACAUUAGUGAAUAGUGCCCUAUUCUUUCGUCACCCUUAU